UUGAGUAUUAUCAUUGAUUUUUUUGUGUGUGUGUAAUUUUCCGUAAAACUAUCAGUUUUUCUUUUGGGAGGAAUCAGAAAGGAAAUCAAAUGCGCUUUAAUAUUUUUUUACAGUCAAUAACAUAAAAUCAACAUGGCUACUUGUGAUAGCGUCAUGAUAGUAGAUUGCCAGAUUAGCCAUAAUCAUGAAUAUAGAGAAGAAGUGUGUGUUUUACGAGGUAGGAGGAGACCGUGAAGGCAGCAUUUUAAACACGAACAGUACAGGAGCACACACGCCUCCUCCUCCUCCUCUCUCCUGACGCUCCGCUAUCUUUAGCCCUGCCACGGAUUACAGUACGCAGUGUGUGGACAGGCUGCGCCCCGGUGCGACCCGUUCGGCUUACCGCUCCGUGUGCUUUGCGCUGAAGCUCUCUCGCGUAGAAAAAAACAAAAAACAAAAACAGAAAAAAAUACCAAACAUAAAGAACAAGUGAUGGUGGAAUGACAACAACCUCCGUCCCCGUCUGCGGUUCUCCGUCCCCGAGGAAAGACCCCAAGGAUGCUGCCGCCGCUCUCCAGCCCACCGAACGGACGCCAGCACCGGGCCUCGCUGCUGCUGCUCGCCCCGGUCCUGCUCUGUGUCGUCUCUGCCAGCUCCGGCCUUCCAGCACGCGGCAAGUGCCCUCGCCAUAUAGACUGUGCCAAUGAGGGGCGCCUCUUCUGCAGGCCAGGCUCCUCCCACUGUGGCCCCUGCCUCUCCUCAUUGGAGGAGAACGAGGAAGGACGCUGCGUGGCGAAGAAGAAACACCAUCAGCGUGGCAAAGUGACCGUCUACCCACUCCUGGAUGAAGAGAUCGAUUAUCUUCACUCGAUCAUCGAGAAACAGGAACUGACAGAGAUUGAAGCACCGAAAAAGCAAUUACAGCUUGCUGUCGUCAGCUCCCGAACAGAUGUUAAGAAAAGCAGGACAGAUGCCCCCAAGCAGAAACAGAAAAGCCAGGGUCGUCAGUCAGACGAGACCCUGAAUACCACCACUACAGCCCCCCGCCCUGCACUUUCUGCCCUCCCUGAAACACCGACCCCCCAACCCCGGGCCACUGGAGUCGGGGGCCGAGCUGGUCCUAUAGCUGUGCCGACACCCCGAAACGACAACCUUAUUGUCAUUUUGAUCUCACUAUGCGUGGUGGUUGGCACUGUGUCGGUGAUCCUGGCUACUGUCUGUUACGUCAAGUUGCAGAAAGAGUCGCGUCUAGCUCAGAAGGUGGACUACCCGGCCUCUGGAGGGGCAGGCGUGCCCGCUGCAUCAGCCACUGGUCCCUCACUUCGUCCUCAGGUGGGAGAUAAGACCCUUGCGCAAAGCGCCCAAAUGUACCACUACCAGCACCAGAAACAGCAGAUGCUCUCGAUAGGAAAUCAUAAACCUGAGCAGAAAGCCCAUGACAACGAGGUCACAUCAGAUGAGGAAGAAGUGGGAGGAGACUUCACUGUGUAUGAGUGCCCGGGACUUGCACCGACUGGAGAGAUGGAAGUGAAAAACCCUCUGUUUGAUGACUCGACUUUGCAUUAUCAGGGGAAUCACAAGUGAAUGCUGAACACUUUACACACACACACACAAGCAUACACAAGCACACACACACACACACACACACACACACACACACACACACACUUACAAACCACUUCUCUUGAAGAAACCACUUAAUCUCAAACUGCAUGCAUAGAAAUGGAGGAUCCUAGCAGAGGGAGAGGUGAUAAAAAUGAUUGUUUUCCUGUUGGCCCUUUACGAUAUCUGCCCCUAGAAUGAUUUUUAAUACUACAAAUGUGUGUUGGGUUCUUUAUUAAUUUAUUUCUGUCAUUGUCAUUGUUUUGGAGCACUCCUGUCUUUUAGUCCUCCUCGAUCAAGUCCCUUUAAUUGUUUCUACCUGUUUAAAUGUCAAACUCUAAUUUAAGACGUUCUCCUCCACCUUUGUUAUUUUCCCAUGUUUUUCUGCAGCUAUUUCCAAAGAAUGUGAUACAAUAGCUGACAUUUGUACAACACUGACAAACAGACACACACACACAUACAUGGACUGACAAAUAGGUGCCCUCCCUUGUUUUGUUUUGUUAUGCAUAGCUAAUGUAGUGGCUAAACCACAUUCCUAACAGAUACCCAGCAAAUGCUUCAAAUCAGACCUCUGUGAACACUCUGUAAAAACUCCCCAACACAACACAAAAGGUUUAGCAUUGAUGAUGUUACCGACGGUGUUGCUGUUUUUAUUUUUUUGCCAUAUAAGCUGCACAUGAGGAUUUUAAGAUUAUAAUAUAUAAAAAAUGAAUAUAUAUAAAUAUAUAUAUGAAAAUGAAGUACUUGAUGAUGUCUGUUUGCAUGGUUUGACUGUACCGUGUUUGAAUCAUGGCAAUGCUUUGAUGAGUUCUUCUGCCUCCUGUCUGUGUGCAUCCUGUUGCUGGAGGAGGGAAUGUACAAGAUAAGUGACUUCUGAGCACUUGAAUGACUUUUUUUUUUUUGGGAGACGGAUUAUACUGAUGGAUGUGUAGGUGGUAAAUAUCAAUAUCUGGUUUCGUCCCUCUUUCCUCUCCGUCCUCUUCUGUCCCAAGCUAACUGUGUGCUGCAAAAUGUACAUACGAAGAGUGAAAGUGUUCACUUUUUAUAGAUAUUUGUACAUGCAGACCAAUGAUUGGAAUUAAAACUUUUUACCACAUGUGAAAA